UCAUGGGAUACUGGGCAGAUACAAAACUCGAGAAUUUCAAAAACUUUUAACAUGAAAUCCAAUAGAUUUCUCACAGAUAAUGUGGUCUCAUUGGGACUAGAGUCGUAUCAAUGUUGGACUACAAAGAACUUGAUGCUUUCUAUCAAAUAUUGUGGGGUGCAGCAUGCUCAGAGGACCACGAUUUUGAUCCAUCUACUGAUAUGUUGGUGCAUGAUUUUGAUGAUGAGAGAACACUUGAGGAGGAGGAAAUGAUGGAACGUGACAACAAUUUCAGCUCAGAAAUUAAAGAUCUUGAAAGAGAAGGUGAAAUGCCAAUCCAAGAUUUAUUAAAUUUGUAUGGUUAUGGAAAGACUGUGCCAUUUCCUGGUGAUGAUGAUGAGGAGGAUGAUGAUGAUGAAGUGGAGGAAGAUGAUGAUGGAGAUGAAGGAGAUAAUGAAGAAAAUAGUGGAAGCAGUGAGGUUCCAGAGACAGAGGAUCUACCUGAGAUAAAUAUAAACCAGCAAGAAGUACCAAAGAAUUCAUGUGGACACGAAGAUGAAACUCAGUCUUCAAAUGAUGACCUUGUACCAUUGAUAACCUCACACGAUGUGCAGGAGAUGAUCCGCCCACGCAGAUGUAAAUACUUAGACAUAGAUUUUAUGACCAAGAGACCUACAAAAGAGCAAAAGGGCAAUGAAGAAGAGGAAUCUGAAGAAGAUGAAGACUAUGUGCCCUCAGAAGAUUGGAAAAAGGAAAUUAUGGUGGGCUCCCAAUAUCAGGCUGAAGUUCCCAUUGGCUUUUACAAGUAUAAAGAGAAUGAAAAGGUAUAUGAGAAUGAAGACCAGUUGUUGUGGAAUCCUGAUUUUCUGCCUGAGAAUAAAGUGGUGGAAUUUCUUUGUGAUGCUAGUAAGCGUACGGGUGAGGAGAAAGGAUUGGAUGCAAUACCAGAAGGCUCACACAUAAAAGACAAUGAACAGGCAUUGUAUGAAUUGGUUAAGUGCAAUUUUGAUACAGAGGAGGCACUGCGCAGAUUGAGAUUUAAUGUGAAAGCAGCCAGAGAAGAACUCUCUAUUUGGAGUGAAGAAGAAUGUAGGAAUUUUGAACAGGGACUCAAGGCAUAUGGAAAAGAUUUCCAUCUGAUCCAGGCCAACAAGGUGAGAACACGGUCAGUAGGGGAUUGUGUAGCAUUUUAUUACAUGUGGAAGAAGUCUGAGCGUUAUGAUUUUUUUGCACAGCAGACUAGAUUUGGAAAGAAGAAAUAUAAUCUUCAUCCAGGUGUUACGGAUUAUAUGGACCGACUGCUGGAUGAAACUGAGAGUACAGCUUCUAGUUGUGCACCUUCCCCUCCUCCAACCACCUCGACCAGCAGCAGUAGUCAGACAGAAAGGGAGGAUAAUGCUACAAUAGGAAGUAAUACAAAUGGAAUGAAUGCUAAUGGUUCAACUGAGACAUCAGAUCAGUGGCAUGAUUAUGGUGAAAUCAAGGAAUUGAACUACAAUGGGCCCAUCAUUAAUUCCACAAUUUCUGGACCUGAAAAAAUGAGCACAAAUGGCUGUGAGAAAGAUGAUGGUUUCUGUGACCACAAUCUGGUAAAUACACAGAAUAAAAAUGACGAGUCCGAAUCAAAUUGUGAAAGACCAGCUAAGAUUUUGAAAACAGAAGGUGAUCUUGGAAUUGAAAGGAACAGUGUAGGUAUUUCAGAAGCAAGUUUGCAUGUGAAGUCUGAUGCUUCCGAGAGUCUAACCCUGACUGACUCACGACAGCAAAUGCCUGUUGAAUUGGAUGCUCAACAAAUCUAAAUAUAUAUUAACCACUUUUUAUUUACUUUUUGAAAAACACCUGAUUAAUAAUUGGGUUGGUUUGUAUAAAUACAGUAAUUGACAUCAGUGAUGUCCUUUAUACAUCUGUAUAUGUUAGUAUAUAUAUAUAUAUGUAAAAAUUCUUAUGUGGGCUCAAAUACAUCCUGUAUUUUUGCCAUAUUUCUACGUAAAAUUUGGAAGGAUUUUUUAAAGAUAAAUACUCAUUUCUAGUCAGUUAUGUAAAAUUUGUACAGUUGCUAAGCUUUAUCAUGGAAGGGGGAAAUUAAUAAAUAUACCAAUAAUCUAAUUAUGUUUGAUUCAUUCCAUUUGGGUACAAUUUUAAAUUAUUAAAAUGAUGGCCUGUUUAAAAUAUUUAAGAGGUAGUGGUUUUACACUGUCUUCAGCUGUUGCCAGGGUCAUAGUUUUUACAAGACAAAUUAAUUGAAGCUUUUUGUAUGCUAGUGUAUCACUGCAGCAAACAUUUUAGCUUAAAAUAACAUUUUGUUCCUCAGUAAUGCUGAGUCACAGUUGAUUUAUAUGCUGCAUUUUCUUGAUAUUUUUGAUAAGACAAUUACAACAUGUUGAGAUGCAUGUUACAAAAUUAAAUUGUGUAAAGACCAAUUGUAAUAUUUUUCAAUAAAAAAAGUUUCAGUUAA